GGAGGGGCAGGCGACUCGGAAGAAAAAGCAGCAGAACCCAAUGCAGCCUGUAGCCCAUUCAAAGGCCUACUGUUGGACCUCUGCUUAUUUUGCAAUACGUCUUUAGUACGGACUGAAAAAUGUCCGAUUUCGAUGAGUUUGAGAAGCAGUUAAGCGAAAAUCGGCAAGCUGCCGCAGGAUCCCCGAAAACUGACCGCUUUGAGCGGGAGAAGGAGCGACACAAGAAGCGUAGCCGCAGCCGGUCUCUGAGCCGUGGCGAGAAGCACCGCCGCUGGAGCAAGGACUCCAGGGGGCGGAGUCACGAGAAGCGCAGCAGCAGCCGCGACCGCAAGGGUCGUGACCGACGGAGCAGCUCACGCGAGCACAAGAAGCACAGCUACUCUCCUCGGAGAAGCCGUAAGAAAAGGACAUACAAGUACUGGGAUGUUCCCCCUCCGGGAUUCGAGCACAUCACCCCCAUGCAGUACAAGGCAAUGCAAGCUGCAGGGCAGAUCCCCACGAUAGCUUUACUGGCAACAUCCACCACCAGCGGCGUGGCAGUGACGCCCACCCAGGUGCCGAUGGUCGGCAGCCAGAUGACCCGGCAGGCCAGGCGGCUUUAUGUCGGCAACAUCCCCUUCGGCCUGACGGAGGAGGCCAUGGCGGAUUUCUUCAAUACCCAGAUGCGAUUGGCUGGCUUAUGUCAAGGUCCCACCAAUCCCGUCCUCGCUGUUCAGAUAAACCAGGACAAGAACUUUGCCUUCCUUGAAUUUCGGUCCGUGGAUGAGACCACGCAGGCAAUGGCCUUCGACGGCAUCAUUUUCCAGGGUCAGUCGUUAAAAAUCAGGCGGCCCCACGACUAUCGCCCCCUGCCUGGCAUCUCAGAGCAGCCCGCCUUCCACGUACCAGGGGUCGUCUCCACCGUGGUUCCAGACUCGCCACACAAGCUCUUUGUCGGAGGCCUGCCCAACUAUCUCAGUGACGAUCAGGUGAAGGAACUCUUGACGUCGUUCGGACCUCUUAAGGCCUUCAACCUUGUGAAGGACAGUGCCACGUCACUGUCUAAGGGUUAUGCUUUCUGUGAAUACGUGGACAUCAGUGCCACUGACCAGGCCGUGGCUGGACUCAAUGGCAUGCAGCUCGGAGACAAGAAGCUCAUCGUCCAGCGGGCAAGCGUGGGGGCUAAGAAUGCCAACGCUACGGCCAUCAUCGAGACGCCGGUGACGCUGCAGGUUCCAGGGCUGCAGCGGCUGCAGAGCUCCGGCAUGCCCACGGAGGUGCUGUGCCUCCUCAACAUGGUCAUGCCCGAGGAGCUGGUGGACGACGAGGACUACGAGGAGAUCCUGGAGGACAUCCGGGAGGAGUGUUGCAAGUACGGCAACGUGCGCUCCAUCGAGAUUCCGCGGCCCGUCGAUGGCGUGGAGGUGCCUGGCUGUGGCAAGAUCUUCGUGGAGUACACGUCUGCGGCCGAGUGCCAGCAGGCCAUGCAGGCUCUGACGGGACGCAAGUUCGCCAACCGUGUGGUGGUCACCAAAUACUAUGACCCCGACAUGUACCACAGGCACGAGUUCUGAUCGGGGGGCAGGGGCGGGACAGGAACGGUGGUGGGCAGCGGGUGCGGUAGUGCCCCCUUUAGCAUAACAUUUGACCCUGGACCCCCUUCCCGUUGACUUUUGAGCGCUUUGACAUUGUGAAGUACAUAGUUCUCCUGUACGAUAUUUUUGCUUAACCUCUCAUACAGCACACCCUCUUCCCAUCUACUAACUGGUCAGAGUUUUUAUUUUUUAUUUUUAUUCUCCCCCCAAUUAAACACAUUAUUUCAGGGUUUCCGGAAUGUUCUCAUUAAUUCAGAUGGCCCUUGGGAUGUGCUGUUUUUAUUUAUGUGUUUUUUCCAUGUGAGUCGUCUAUCAGAUACCAACAUUAAAAUAACAUUAAUAAGUAAAACCUUUAGGUGGGGUUCAGUAUUGUUAAAUUGCUUGCAUUUAGUUGUGCAACACAAUAACGAAAAAUGUUUUUUUUUUUUUUUUUUUUUGCCUACAAUGAGUAAUCCAGUGGUAGUUUUCCCUUCCCCAAAUUUUAAGCAUUAAAUCCUAAUCGGUAAAUUUAAUUUUUAGAGGAUUUGUCAUAGUACCCAACGCGUUUGAAUCAUAGCAGUUAACAUGUUACAAGAUCGCCACUGAUUCAGAUGAACAAAAAUCAGCAUGGUCAGGGGUUGUGGGGAUUGUGUUUGGGAGAAAAGAUCCCUUCGAUCCCUGUGGAGCCAGCAGCCCGGAUCAUGUACCACCGUCUUCGGCGAGUGCAAGCUGCCCAAGAAUGUGUCUAGUUGCUUUGUUGUAGUUUGUGAUAGUUAAUUCCCUUUAAGUAGUACUGCACAUACACGUACGUUUCUCCCCAAGGCAAGUAAAUAGAAUAUUCCGGUUGCUCGUUAACGCUAAUGUAUUUGUGAAGCUAACCUGCAGGUUUUUUUAGAUCUUUUUUUGGGCGAAAACGGAUCGCUGCUCGUCACGUACUUGGCCGGAAGCUGUGAAUGACGCAUCAUCGCGCCGACAUUAGCGAACUGGGAUUUGUUUUAGGUUCCGGGAAAACGAAAUAAUUACAGCUUGGUCAGAGUAAUAACUCGUUAAAAAAGAUUUAUGGUUGGACAUUUAGGACUUUGCGUGUGUGCGCGUGUGUCUAAUGUAUGUGUGUGUGUAUGGUUGUACACCCUCCUACUGUUACGGAUUUUUUGCUGUUUAUCACAUGUGCAUUGCAAUAAACUAGCGUUCGAGUUAAAGGAA